AUGGAUCAUUUACAGAACCAUCCUCUACCGACUCCCCCUGCGUCUGCAGCCUCUCCUGCACUGAGCACCGCCUCAGCAGCGACACGCAUAUCUGCUCUACCAACCCCGCGUUCGCACCGUCUGCAGCCCGGGUCACAAAAGGAGAUUGCCCUGAUCAACUACUUGGAUGAUCGCAUUUUGAAGAUCACGCGGAGAUAUGCCAAAAAGUUCAGUCAUGAAGGAGGACUGGAGAAAGAUGAUACCCCGGGCUACACCACCUACGAUGAGUUUGUGGCGGACGUAGAUCCUCUCGUGGACGUUGUUUGGAUCAGUGGCACACCGACCAUCCAGAUCCCGUACCUGCUGUCUCUCGCCGGAUUGGCGUGUUCCUAUCUUCAAGCUUUUCGUUUCUCGACCUCGGUGUUUUCUCUCACGAGCAAGAUUGAUCAGGGUUUUGCGACUCUGUUACAGCCCACGGAGAACGGGGCCACCAUGUCAUACAACGUCUCGAUGACAGAAAAGGUUCGCAUCAAGUCGCUAAUUGAGGAGACCCGUGUCGCCGCUGUGAAUGCAGCUUCCGGCAGUGGUCACGAUGCUCGCAUAAUACACGACGUUUCCGAGACGGAGACCGAGGACGAUGACAAGGACACAGAGGAAGACGAUGAUCAACCGCAGAACAUGUCCAUAUCUCUUGGGCUGUCGAGGAUAUACAAAAGGACUUUGGAGAUCCUGGGUGAUUCGCUGGUUACUGAAAUCGUGCCUCAAGCUCAGAGCAACGGUUGA